AUGGACAGCACUCGUCAGCAUUCGCCAACGGACGACAAGAAUUGGGAAAGGGUGCUUUGGAGGCGACUUCCUUACCCAGAUAACUAUGUGCCUCCUCGACGGUUUCUAGAGUCGUUGCGAAAGAAUGCCAACUUUACGCCAUAUACGUACUCUCCGAUGGUGGUUGCGACUACAUCCGUUUGCCAGCAUAUUGCCAACAUCUUUACCUUUCUCUCCGUCUUCAUACGACUAAAGGAAAGAAAGAGCGACCCGAGAUAUAUUAUUUGGAUAUCUAUUCUCCUGUUCGUCAUUGGAUACGCCUCAUGGGAGGCCCUCUUCUUCUUUCAAGGCUCGCCCCUUAGGAAGGACUCUCGAUCGAGGGUUAUGAGGUCGGCCAUCCUUGUCUUCCUCGCCUUGUUGGCCCUCGCUCCCGUACUCAGGACGCUCACCGAAGCGACAUCUUCGGACUCGAUAUGGGCUUUAUCAUUUUCUCUAUUUGCCCUACACACGCUACUGGCAGACUACACUGCUCCACUACCCCACGACAGCCACGAACGUCUUACUUCUGUUCUUUCGAUGAACGCUGCCAUAUCCGCUAGUGUCGUACUAGCAUCGCGUUUGGAUUCAGAUCUCUCAGUUUUUGCGUUAAUCUUGUUUGCGCUGCAGGUAUUCGCCUUGUUCCCGUUACUACGGAGACAGCUUCAUUACGCACCGACGGCGGUUCGUCUUGGGUUGACUCUCCUCCUUUCAACCACGUCCGUCGUGCUCAUGAGCGAACAUUCUCACAUGGUCGGGUGGAUUGUCUCCCUCAUUCUGAUAUUCAUCAACUUCGUUUCACCUGCCGUAAUGGUUUGGGCUCAGCGGUACAAAAACGAAAUACGCGGAGAGUGGGAUGUCGCUGUCCCAGUGGUUGGCGGUUCAUGA